UGUAGCUAGGUAGGGCGCGAAGAAGAAUUCAAAUGCGCAUCAAACAGAAACCUAGGGAAGACUAGGCCCAACUUUUUAAUCCGAGGCUCAGACUCUCAUACUGGCGAUUCAAUUGAGGUCGUUGACGAUGAGUUAAUUGAAAUCACUCCUCGCAAUGACUCGACGUACCCAGACCUCCGCGCUGCCCUCUCAACUAAAUCUUCUCAAACGAACUACGAUAGUAAACGAUAACUCCUAGCCCACCACGCCUCUACCAAACACCUUUCCCUACCUUCCAUCCUUGCUUGAGACCUUCCUUCACAAAUAGCAAAAACCAUGCAAGCAAUCCACAUAACCGACUUCUCCGCCCCCCUCUCCUCCAUCAGCCCACAAACGAUCCCCAUCCCACCACCCCCCAGCCCCAACGAAGCGCUGAUAAGAAUCCACUGCGCAGCCCUAAACCACGUCGAUCUCCUCUACGCGCAGGGCAAGCACCAAAACAACACCUCUCUAAUCCGGCCCCCUUUUACCCUCGGCCUCGAAUUUUCUGGCACAAUAAUCGCCCUCGGCGAACCCGCGCCCACCACACCCCUUGCCCGCACGAGCAAUCACGAUACAGCAGACGAACACCCACUCCAAAUCGGCGACAAAGUCUUCGGAGCCGGCCCGGGUGCCUUUGCAGAGCGCAUUGUCGUCCCCGUCGGCUCUCUCCACCGCAUCCCUCCAGGAUGGGCGUUUAAAGACGCAGCUGGCCUCGCGGCUACGGCGUCAGUGGCAUAUGGGGCCGUUGUGAUGCGUGGGGAUGUGGGGGAUGGGCAGUGGGUGCUAAUUCAUGGGGCGGCAGGAGGGGUUGGUGUUUAUGCUUGCCAGAUAGCUAAGGCGUGCGGGGCGAGGGUGAUUGCAGGUGUGAGGAGCUUAGGGGAUUCGGAGAAGGUGAGGAUGCUUAGGGGCCUUGGAUGUGUGGAUGCGAUUGUGGAGACGGGUGGGAAGGGAGAUGGUGGUGAAAGUUGGAUGAGCAACGUUAGGAAGAUCACAGAGGGGAAGGGGGUGGAUGUAGUCAUUGAUAAUGUUGGGUUGGUUAAAGAGAGUUUGAGAUGCUUGAGGCCUGUCGCUGGAAAGAUUGUUCUCGUGGGGUUUGCAGGGAGAGAGGGUGUUAUGGAGCAAUUGUCUGUUAAUCGGAUUUUGUUGAGACAGGCGGUUGUGAUAGGUUACCGAUACGGGGAAACCAAUCGCAGAAAUCCUAAUGAAACCAAACUGAUAUGGGAUGGAUUGAUGAACCUCAUAAAGUCUAAUGCCGUCAAGCCAGUGACGUUUGAAAAGAGAUACCGUGGGUUGAGUGAGGUGCGCAAUGCCAUGUCAGACCUACAGGCGCGGAAAAUAUAUGGAAAGGCAGUGAUAUAUGUUGAUGAAAAUGAAAGCGGCCGGGCUGCGCUAUAACUACGAACUUACUCCGCCUUCAUCCGCUUCGUUUCACCCUUUCGCUAUUGCCCAUUUUGAAAGGGAGAUAACCAUGAUUUCCCGUUUGAUUCCUACAAGCAUAGUGAGUGAGAUACUGCUCCAGAAGAGUGGCGAUGUACUGUGCAUGAACUGCACGAACUACUGUAUAUACAGUCACCAAAAGCAAACAAAUGGAUUUGGGCAAUCCAGAGCCAAGAAUUAAAUCUUACAAGGUCUUUCGCCUUUUCUCAGAA